UAGCUUCACACAGUUGUCCUGCUCCGUUUGGAAGAUGCUGCAGUCAGAUGCACUGCGGUAAAAAAUAACGCCAGACAGGGAGUGAUAAAGUAGUCUGUAUUAUUCGCAAUGCCAGACCGUGAAAAAUAUCCAGGGUCCUUUGAUGCGUGGGAUAAUUCUUUCCACUCAAAAGAAUAGCACUUCAUUAAAUAAUUUGUUGAUCCAUCAGAAGGAAAGGAUAGCCUACAUUUUCCCCGGAGAACGGACAAAUCGGGAUAAGGAGGCAAUUUUUUUCAGAAGGGACAACGUGAGGGCAGUAAAAUAGAAGUGCAUGGCACUAAGAGCAUGGCACCAAGAGUAUAGCACUUGCAAUGCCAGGAUGGUGGGUUCCAUUCCCGGGACCACCAGUAAUUUCGGAGGAAGCAACUUCAGUCCCUACAAUUUCUUACUUUGCUCAAACAACAUCUUCCUGGAUAACAUCUCAAAGGAAUAUCUUACUAUCAAGUGUUCAAAGAAAAGCCUUUUCCCCUAAGAUCUUUACUUUCAUCGCUACAUUACACUUAUGGACAUGUCUGCUGUGCGACUGCUGCUCCUGUUUCUGCUUUGUUCCCAUUUUGUGUCCCUGUGCCAUGGGGCCUGUUCAGAGGUGGACUCGGACACUGAGGCCGUUGCAGGCAAAGGGUUCAAACUGGGCUGCAUCUCCUGUAAGAUGAGGCCCGAGGUGGAGGCUUCUGCCACAGUUAAUUGGUAUUUCAAGGCGAAAGGGGAAGCUGAGUUUGCUCAUAUAUAUAAUUACGAUGAGGAGGGCCCCCACAUUGUGGAUGAGCGCUUUGAGGAGCGCGUCGACUGGAACGGCAGUAAGAGGAGCCAAGACAUACAGGAUGCAUCCAUCUACCUCUUCAAUGUCACCUUCAAUGACUCGGGCACCUACAGUUGCCACUUCCACCGGCUCUUGACGUAUGAGUUCUACGAAUACCAGACUGUUGUCAGCAAGCUUGUGCACCUGAAAGUGGUGGCUAAAGCCACCAGAGGGACGGCCUCCAUAGUCUCUGAGGUGAUGAUGUAUGUGUCCAUCAUCGGGCUACAGGCUUGGCUCUACAUAGAGAUGGUAUACUGCUUCAGAAAGAUAUCAGCUGCAGGAGAGGAAGCAUUAAGAGAAAGCGCGAAUGCAGAAUAUUUAGCUAUAGCAUCGGAGAGUAAAGAUAACUGUGCAGGGGUGCAAGUGGCAGAAUAACCCAGGAAUGCAAGGGGAUUCCAUCUACGUACUGUCCACAUCACCUAUACGACCCCUUGGAUCACAUGAAGACAUCCUGAAGAUGCACAGUAUCUACACUUUCUGAGUCUUUAUUACCUUUCCUGUUACGUUAAUGGAUAAAUGUGACAUGAUGACGUCAUUACUUUGAAAGUAGCAUGAUAUCAGCACCUCUGUAUGUAUUACACACAAAAGCAUGUAACUAAUUCAACUAAUGAAUCCUUAUGUGUAUGAAUCCUGCAUCAAGGUAUUUUUUGGGUUGUAUUGAUAUCUCUCUAAAGUGAAUGUACAUUUAUAUUAUUAAGAGUUACUGUGAGAGAAUUAAUCUGAUUAAAUGGCUAUCAAGAGAGCUUUAUCACA